UAACCUCAACACACAUACAUUUCGAACAUACACACAUACAUUUCGAACCCUUGCCCCAAAUCAAGAACAACAAUGACAAACCCUGAAAGCACAAAUCAAGAAAAGCACCGCAAAACAAGCAACAAGACCCAUGAAAUCACCAAAGCUCCAAGGCCCAAUCCUAGUCUCCCUGAAGAGCUAAUCUUCGAGAUUCUUCAAUGGCUUCCAGUGAUUUCCCUCUUGCAAUUCAGGUCUGUUUCGAAGCCAUGGCUUUCUUUGAUUUCUAGCAUUGAUUUUAUCAAGGCCCAUAUGUUAAAAUCUGUUAAAGACCCUGAAUUUAAGCACCAUGGGGUGAUUUUAAGCUCUACUAAUCCUCACUUUAAUAUCAAGAGGUGUGAUGUGUAUGGUUUGCUUAAUGGGCAUGUUGGUGAGGCUGUUGAUCUUGAUUAUCCUAUGAAAAAUCCCCAUAAUUCUGUUUGGAUUGUGGGUUCUUGUAAUGGGUUGGUGUGUUUGGCUAUCGAGGAGGAUUCAUUGUUUAUGUGGAAUCCGGCGACAAGGAAGUCGAGGAGGUUGAGGAAUUCGGAUAUGAAUUUGAGGUUUGGGUGUUAUAUUGUUUAUGGGUUUGGGUAUGAUGAGAGUGAGGAUGACUAUAAGGUUGUUGGGAUUUUUUGUGUUUUUCGGAAUGUGGGUACGUAUGAGACUGAAGUGAAGAUUUAUAGCUCGAAGACUGAUGUGUGGAGGAGGAUUGAGGAUUUUCCUUUUGGCAUUCCGUUGGAUGAUUCGGGGAAGUUUGCAAAUGGAGCUCUGCAUUGGGCUGCCAGUCGUGAUAUACGUUCGGAUUUACCCGAGUCAUGGAUUAUUGUUUCUCUUGAUGUGAAAAGGGAGAAAUAUGGAAAGGUUGUGCAGCCAAAAUAUGGAGACGGUGCGUAUAAUUUGACCUUGGGUGUUUUGGACAAAUGCUUAUGUGUGCUUUGCAACUACCAGAGCAUUCGAGCUGAUGUUUGGGUGAUGAAAGACUAUGGUGUAAAAGAAUCUUGGACUAAAUUGGUGACUAUCCCAUAUGUGGGUGAACCAUCGGUGUUUCAGUAUUCAGUUCCGCUGUGCGUUACGGAAAAUGGUGAUGUUUUGGUGGAAUUUGAAUCGCAGAUACUACUAUACAAUUCCAAGAGUAAUGUGUUUAAGGAUCUUGAGAUCACCAAUUUCGGUGGCUGUCUUGAAGCGGACACUUACAUCGAGAGCCUAGUAUCACCCCAUGUCUAACCAGAAGUUUAGGAGACAUGGCUAAAAAAAGUGUGAAUCAAGCUCUGCUACUGGCCUACUGUGGUGAUUCUGCACUCGUGUUUGAUGCAAGGAAAUCAGUAUAAUACUCGAUGUACUUUUACACCUGUUUUCGUUCUUAAUAGCAGUGUUCUUUUUUACUGCAUGUAUAUUGUUGAAACAAUGUAUGACUUGAAAAAUGUUGCUUUUCAGAGGCUUAAAACUAUAAUUACCCUUUGCAAUACCGUUUUCCAUUUGUUUGUGUA